AUGGCUUCACUUGUGCCUCUACCGCCGUUUGCGCCAGCCUCUGAAUCAUGGGACUCCUACCUCGCUCUGUUCGACUGCUACCUCCAAGCCAACGAGCUGACAGCAUUAUCAAAGGAACGGAAGCGGGGCCUAUUCCUCAGCCUCUGUGGGCCUGAGGUGUUUGAGACGGCCCUAGCAUUGGUUGCACCUGAAGCAGUCCAGGCAACACCAUGGGACACGAUCCAAGAGAAGCUCCGCAACCACUACACGCCAAAGCCGUCCAAGAUUGCUGCCCGCCAUGCGUUUUACCACCGGAACCAGGCAGAGGAGGAGUCAAUCAACAACUACACCACUGCCCUGCGACAGGCUGCAAUGCACUGCGAGUUCUGAGACUUAGACGAUGCCCUGAUGGAUCAAAUCGUCUGCGGGGUCCGGGACAUCCAUCUGCAACGGCGUCUCCUCGCCAAGCCAGACCUCACGCUGCAGAAAGCCAUUGAGGAGGCCGUGGCCUCGGAAGCUGCUGAACGCUCCGCCCAGGAGAUCCGCAAGGCCAGCAGCCCGCGUCUUGCUAGGAAGCCAGUUCCAGUGCAUCACAAAGAGGCCAGCAGUGAUGAGGCAUCCUCCAGUGAAGACGAUGACGUGCACCAGACAAAGCGGGAGCGCAGGAAGUUCCAGCAGAAGUCCAAGGGCCAACCGGAAUGUGCCGGCUGCGGAGGCAACCAUUCCCGUGCCAAGUGUCGAUUCAGAGAUGCCAUCUGUAUGAAGUGUUCCAGAAGGGGCCACAUCGCUAAGGUCUGCCGAUCGGCUCCGUCUGACACCCCCCCUUCACCGACUUGCAAGUCCAAGUCUUCACUCCAGUCUGCCAAGGAAAGCUGUUUCACUCUCACCAACUGCCGCUGCACGUCUGGAACCACGAUUGGCCAAACCGACUCGCCUACGCGACGCAAGCUGAACGUCACGGUGCUCAUUGAAGGAGCUCCAUGUGACAUGGAGAUCGACACCGGGUCUGUCCUGUCCAUCAUGUCUUGGAGCACCAUCAAAAGACUGGUACCCAGAGUGUCCAAAAGGCAACUCGACUCUCACCGCGUACACCUGAAAGACUACCAGGGAAAUGACAUUCCCGUUGUAGGUGUUGGCCGGUUCCGGAUCGCCUUCUUUUCGGGCCUGCUCCGACUGGUGGUGGUCGAAGGUCAGCGGCCAAGGGCUAGACUGGUUUGA